AUGGGAAGAGGCAAGAGAGGCAAGAAGCCCAACAGUCGCAGAAACCAGCCACCAAGCGCACGAGAUAUUCAAACUCCCGUCACAGACAGAGAGAAUACAACUGAGCAGGAGGGAAACCUCUCCCAUGAAGAAUCAGCGGGGGAAGAAUUUGCUUCCAAUGCUGGAGAUCCCCAGGGGUCAGACCCAGAGACUGGGAGCGAAGAGGAGAAUGAAGACCCACCAGCCGAGGACAAGCCAAUCCCCUUAAAAAGGUGGGCCUUUUUCGAGAGGCUUAACCAGCAAAUCCGAGCUGCCAACCACAAACAUCAAGUAGCCGACCUUGAUGAAGGGACUAUUCCACCUAGAGCGUACGAUCCAAUUGCAGAUACCUGCAGGAGGGAGAUCUUGGCGCAAAGAGGCAACCCAGAAGCGGCAUGGGAUGCUUUCCAUCGGACUCGCGAUCUACUCAAGCUGCUCAAUCGGCCACAUCAUCUACCCAGGAGCUGGAACUUUCACCCCUCCUGGUAUGAAAGGCUAUGCGGGCCUGAUCCGACAAUUCGCGACCUUUCCGACGAGGAAAGUGAAGCAUCGGAGGACGAAACCCAAAGUGUGGAUGAUUUGAGACGAGAGCAACAAUCUACCGAUGAUUAUUCAGGGUCGGAUGAUCCUGAAACCUCUAUGGAAAACCGACCAACGCGCCUGGAUUCAUUAGAAUCCAGGGCAAUGAAGGAGCAACGUCGGCAGAAUGGAGGAAAGGUUCUCUACUGGUGGCCUAAAGGCACUGGCUCGCAAAUAUUUGUCCGCUAUGGUGAUCGCUCUGCCCCGAUUUAUCGAAUUAGAGCUGGAUCUCACGAAAUCUAUGACCAAAAGCGCGUUGAAAAGGUUCUUACGACCAAGACCCGUGGUAGUCAAAAGGUCGAAAUUAUGAAGGAUGGAAUCCUAUGCGAAGAGUGGCGGUUUAGUCGACAGCAUGUCGAAGAUAUUCGCGGCAUUGGUUGGAAGGUCGAAGAUGAUGAUGAAGUAGGCAUCGACCCCUUGUCAUUUAUUCAACCGGUGCCUCAUUCCGUGUUUCCACAAACUCGAGCCUUGGUCAAAUGGAAAGAUGGCACCUUCACUUUGGAGGGCAGGCAAUUCGUCAGACGUAUCACGAACGGUUCCUCUCAUCAAGGCGACCAAGUAAUCUACCAAAAAGCAAAGGAUCUCGAAAUUGCCUAUCGUCUCAGGCAUGGCUGGGACGAGUCUGAUAGUGAGAUCGACCUUGACGACGAUAGAUCGCCUCAUUGUUAUACAAAGGUGAAGCGUCGAUCUGGAAUUGAAACCGAUACUGAGACUGACAAUGACGUCUCCUCAUUGCGCUAUACCAAUCAGGCACUGAAGCGAAUGCCUGCUUCAGCUCGUCAUCGUGGAAGAGCUCGAGCUCGUUUUGAGGACGACGUGGAUCUACAGAGCGAUGAAUCGGGAUCGGAUCGCAUGAAGAGGAACGGUGUUAGGUCAAAAAGAUCUACACGACAUCCAAGACAAGGUAAUUCAAAAGAUAAAACGAUCCGCAUUCUGGAAGAGAAAUUGCAGCGACUUGAGAUGAAUCAACAUCGUCGCUACCGCUGA